AUGGCUUGCGAGGAGGCCGGCUGUGCCCAUGUGUUGGUGGCCAGCACCGUGACCCUGCUGAAGCCCCAGCAGGAGGGCCCAGUGGACGAGACGCCCGUGGCCUGCGAAGAGGAGGGGACGCCGGGGGAGCAGGGCAAGGAUCUGGGCACCUCCGAUCUGACCAGCUCCAGCAGCGUGUGUGUGGACGAGCCCUUUUGCCGCAUCUGCCACGAGGGCGCGGGAGGUGGCGGUGGCGUUGGAGGCUGCGGUGGCGGGGGAGGAGAGGAGCUGCUGUCGCCGUGCGAGUGCUCGGGCUCCAUGGCCAUGGUGCACCGCGGAUGUCUGGAGCGCUGGCUCACCGCCUCCAACACCAGCCGCUGCGAACUCUGUCACUUCCAGUUUGCCUUGGAACGGCUGCCAAAGCCACUCACUGAGUGGUUCGCGACCCCGUCCAUGCAGCACCAGCGGCGGACCCUGUGCGGAGACGCCAUCUGCUUCCUGUUCAUCACGCCGCUGGCGAGCCUGUCGGGCUGGCUGUGCGUCCAGGGCGCCAUGGACCUCUACUACAGCAACGGCAUGGAGGCCAUGGGCCUCAUCGCCCUCACGCUGGCCCUCUUCACCAUUUACCUCUUCUGGACGGUGGUUUCCAUGCGUUACCACAUUCACCUCUUCAGGACGUGGAAGGAGACCAAUCAGAGAGUGCGUUUGCAGAUGCCCCUCCCUCCUCGGACAGAGGCCAAACAGCAGACCCUCUCCUUCUUCUUCCUCAGUAAAGACUCCAGCAAGGAGACUGUGGUCUAAAACGAGGGGGGCUAAGGGAGGACUCGACUAGCCCAUGGACCUCUUUUCUUUAAAAGGAUCGGACCUUACUUUUGUAUUAAAGUGUUUUGAACACACCAGCAUUUUUCUGAAAAAUCUUAUUUUUGUAAAGAAUAUUUUUUUGUUCCCAAAACACUGAAUGGAGUGAGUGGAGUAAGAGUACACUGUGGAACCUAAACCUGAGGAUAACGAUCCCUUUUGGAGGAUAACAAUCAGUUUUGAAGGACAACAAUCACGGACAAGGACAACAAUCAACACCAGCGUGUUUUGGUGUAAACAUUUUUUUAUGCUCCCAGUGAAGAGGAACUCUUGCCUCUGGAGCCGGCGAGCCAGCCACAGAAAAAAAAAUCACAAUG